GAACCCACCUGAUCGACUUGAACCAGCAGUAGUACAGUAUCAUUGCAGGUGCCCAGGACUAAAAGUAGCUGCUAGACUUAAACUGUUUUAUCUGCGGGAUGUCCCGGAAUGAAACCGGCCGGCUUGGAAUUUGAUUUUGUUUACGGAGGUGCGAAACAGGAAAACACUGCCGUUUUAUAAUCUCUUAAACGGGAGGCGAUUUACUGUCGUGUUUCGACUAAUCCGUUGGAGAGAUUGCAUGCCUAUUGUUUCGCGACAUCGUUUUCUUGUGUUGUUUUGGUCAACAGUUUGUUUGUGAUACAAUUUGAUACAUUGUUGCAGCGCUAGAGUCCCCAGCGCGGUCACAGGUAGACUUGGCGCCAACAGUUCAAGAAGAAUAACUGACCAGAUUAAUCUUCUACUGUUCGCCAUGUAUCUGCAACUGUACACAGACCACCGGUUUGUCAUUGUACACUCGGCAUGAAUGCUCUCAGGUAGCCGGCCGCCGAGGGGAGAUGCGGGCAGAUGUGGAGUACAGCCCGGUUGGCGAGGGGCUGGGGAUGAGCGAGUUCUGGCUCCAUGUGUGGAUGCGGAGGGUCGCCGUGAUCGCUGCCCAUGUCAUUGCCUUGGGUCUCACUGUGCUGAUUUCACUACUGUCCCGCCCUGGAACAAGUCUCUUUUCCUGGCAUCCUGUUUGUAUGUCUAUCGCAUACCUCCUGUGCCUGACCGAGGGGAUCCUCCUCUUCUCUCCCGAUGGGACUCCAUUCUGCUUCAAGGCCCGGAAGGGUAAAGCCCGUCUGCACUGGUUCAUCCAGGCCCUGGUCCUAUUGGCUGCAGCUACCGGCAUGGGCUUCAUGGUGGCCAGCAAGAACGUGUCAGAGUGCCCCCACCUGGCCACCUGGCACAGCCUGUUGGGUGUUGGCACCCUGGCUGCCACUGCCCUCCAGGCCGCCUGCGGCAUCUGCCUCCUCUUCCCCAAGCUGCUCAAGCUGUCCCCGCCGCGGCUCAAGCUCUACCACGCCACCUGUGGCCUGGUGGUGUACCUGCUGGCGACUGUGACCGUGGUGUCAGCCAUGUUUUCGGACUGGUUCCAGGCCACGGUGAAGGGGGUGGUGUGGUACGGCUUCCUGCUGCUGCCCCUGUUCCCAGCCCUGGUGGUCAUGAACCAGAUCACUAACGCCUACCUGCCACGCAAGAAGAUCACCACCUGAGAUAGGAUGUAGACUCGCACAUACAGUAGAGAACAGUACAUACAGUAGCCAAUAGACACAGACAUACAUACUAGGUGUCUUAAAAGAUAGACACAGUCAGACAUACAGGUAACUGCCAAAAUAUAGGAAAAACCAACAUAAAGUGUCUUUA